CCCUCAUCCCUCUCGAGUCACAUCACUCCCACACACCCCUUGUCGUCUGGUAUAUAAGUCUGCAGGAAGACAUGCCGAUCCAUUACACUCUCACCUCCUUUCCCGCCACCACAACCUACCCGACACCACCUGCCCGACACACCGGCAGUCAACAGCAGCAGGCAUGCAGUCGGGUGUGACGGUGACGGUGGUGGUGACGCUGUUGGUCGGAAGUGCCGCCGCCUGCUUUAUAACCAACUGUCCCCCUGGAGGAAAGAGAUCAGGAGGACUCAUGUCUACUCUCGGCCGCGCUCGCACGUGCGCGUCCUGUGGUCCCGGUCUGUUGGGUCGCUGCAUUGGUCCCGACAUCUGUUGCGGUGCCAGAAUUGGCUGCUUCCUUGGAUCACGAGAAACCCGCCUGUGUAGAACAGAGAACAUGGUGCCCAUCACAUGUUACAACUCAGACCUCAAACCCUGUGGUAGGAUGCAGGAAGGCCGCUGCGCUGCGCCAGGAAUUUGCUGCACAGAGAAUAAGUGUGAAACAAAUGACGAUUGUGUGGCGGAGGACACGCCCGCCGAGGAAGUGGCGGAGACCCAGCGAAGCGGCAGACCUAGACUGGAUCUCCUGACAGCCGCGAGAGAUCGUUGGGAGGAACAGUGAGCUACUCACUGCCCUGCCUGCCCGUCCUUGGUGCAUCCCUCUUACCGCAGCAAAAAGUAAAAUUGGUAAAGAAAAUGGAAGUCACAAAAAAAAAAAAAAAAAGCAAGCACGCCAGAGGAAGACUAAUCGAAGACAUUCUAGAUUCGGAGAAACCCAUAUGACAUUGAGUUCAUGUUGAGAGAAGGAGGCUACCUACACAUGUUCGUUCCUAUCCUGUUGCACUGACUGCCUCUUUGGGGCUGAAUCUCUCUCAUGCAUGUAAAAAGUCAUCAUGACACAAAUAAACAAGUGCUAUUUA